UAGAGCCUUAGAUGGUGUUUGAUAAAUGUCCCAGCUCAAGAGUUGUGGUAUUUUAUUAGUCGAAGCAGUUUUUGUGAUUUAAAAUUCCUUCUCUCUCCUGAUGUUGCGUAUGGAAUGGAGCUGUUUUGUGUGAAAAGUCAGCGUCUCUGUCUCUCUCUCUAUAAACCCAUUCUCUUUUGUUUGUUAUUGAGAGGAACAAUCAGUUUCAACCUCCGAAAACCUGUUCCUUAAUUUGCUUUUUCUUGCUUCUUAACAGCCAAAAACCCAUCUUCCCAGGAGAAAGCUUUUCUUCUCACAACCUCUUCUUAAUCCUCUCAACCUACCUCCUCACACACCCAACAAAAUUCCUACAAUUUCAUCUCUUUUUCUCUCUCUCUCUCUUAUUCUCUCAGGAACCAACAUAUCUCCAUCAUUUAUGCUCCCAAACAUGUCUCAGACACAACCUUCUCCCUCCUUAUACUUGAACAACAAUCUCUUGUUCCACUAAUAGGAAGAGAAAAAGCAUGUGCAGCUGCAUCUUUGGGCCAAUAAUCAUGGACAAUUACCAAGGUGAUUUAACUGACAUAGUCCGAGCCAGUGGUGGAGCAUAUGGUGGUGGUGGUGGUGGCAGUAGCAGCUGCAGUACAGGCACUUCAUCUGCUGAAUUACCUACCACAUCUCAUCACCAUACUAUUACUCACACCCUCUCUCGUAAUGAUCACUGGCACCAACACUUCUCUUCUUCUUCUUCUUCUUCUGAUCCCAUCACCUUCUCUUCUGUGCUUCAAGACCCCAGAGGACUCACCAACUUUGGUGAUCCCUUCUCCACCAUGAGAGAUCCCUUCCUUCAGGAGCUUGACAUGCCUUCCGCUUCUUCCUACUUCACUGGGGGCUUGGAAGAAGCAGCUGCGAGUUUUGGUGCUUCUGCUGUUAGUACUAGUACUAAUACUAAUGCUAGCACCACUGUUUUUGCUGCACACAAGAUUCUCGAGGAGCAUGACAUGAGAAGACCUUGUAAAAACAUAUUCUCCAACAUGAUUCAGAUCUCUCCCAAUGCAAAGUUACCGGUCUCACCCUAUGAUUCCACCACAGCGGUGGCACCUUCUCCAAGGGCAAUUAAACCUCCUGCUGUUGUUUCACCCAACAUGGUUAAUGCAAACUCCUCCAAGGAUUGCCUUGUGGACACCACAGGAGUGCAGAUCUCGUCUCCACGGAAUCCGGGUCUUAAACGAAGGAAGAACCAGGCCAAAAAGGUGGUUUGUAUUCCUGCACCAGCAGCUGCAAACAGCAGACAAACUGGAGAGGUUGUUCCGUCAGAUUUGUGGGCUUGGAGAAAAUAUGGUCAGAAACCCAUUAAAGGUUCACCUUAUCCCAGGGGUUACUACAGAUGCAGCAGCUCAAAGGGUUGCUCUGCGAGGAAGCAAGUUGAGCGGAGCAGAACAGACCCAAACAUGUUGGUUAUUACAUACACAUCAGAGCACAACCAUCCAUGGCCAACUCAAAGAAAUGCUCUGGCUGGUUCGACCAGGUCACAGCCAUCCAAGAACAAUGCUGGAAAUUCAAAGAGCUCAGAAGGGUCAAACCCCCAAAAGAGCACAACAUCAAAAGCAAAGGACGAGCAGCAGCAGCAGCAGGAGAGCAACAAUAGUGAGGGCAAUGUGUCCCCAGUUGUUGCUGGGAACUCAUCAGCGAACAGUGCAUCUGUGAAGGAAGAGAAUAUGGAGGACAUAGAGAAGCAGUUUGAGAUGGAUGAGGGAGAGUUCAGUGAUGGACUACCUUACAAGCCUUGUUUGAUGGAUCAGAGUAAUAAUCAAUCUGAGGACUUCUUUGCUGAGUUGGGAGAAAUAGAAGCUGACCCGCUGGAUAUUCUGUUUACCCAAGGUUUUGGUGCGGCUGAUGAUCAAAGGGAAGAAUCCAAGGCCUUGGAUCCAUUCCAUCUGUUUGACUGGUCAGGAGACAACAACACCAGCACAAACAGCAGUUCAUUUGAAGAGCCUAAUGCAAAGAGAAGGUUAUAACAAGACCUAGAAAAAGAACAGUCAGGGAGAUAAAUUAGUAGAGUGAAAAAAAAGAGAGUGCUGGUUGAUUGGAAGCAAACUCAACGAGUCCCACAUUCCUUUUGGAAUAUUGGUGGAUGGGACAGAAAGCUGAGGAACAGAAGGUUGCAACAGUUAAAACAAGUACAUUCACUAUAGACAUGACUCGAAAGCUCAGUGAGUAGAUUGAUGAUGAUAAUGGGAUGGGACUAGCCCUUUCAUCUUUUCAAGUGGGAAAAAUUAUUUAAAAGCCACACCACACCCUUUGUCAUGUGGCCUUUUCCAUACAAAGUGAAAAAAAGAAAAGAGAGAGAUCACAGAUUUGCUUGCUGAGAUGAAAUUUAUGAAAGAAGACAAAAGAAUAUAUAUUUAUAUAUAUAUAGGGUUAAAGUUAAGUUAUAUUAUAUUAUAUAAUACUAUAAUAUAGAGCUUGACUUUUCAUAUCAGUCAUUUCUAGGAUGUGUGACGUGAGAGGGAAAUGCAUGCUUUGGUUCCUCGGCUUUCUGUUUUUUAUUAUCCACCAACUCAUGUUCAUUGUUUUGAA